GUUAUGAAAUAAGAUGGGCUGUGUAUUUGGCCGCCAUUGUGACCCCGGAGUUCCCGAUUCUUCAGUUCGGUACAGGUGGCAUGUCGACGCGUUUAUUCUUGAUGAUGGAACAAAUUCUGAAAUUCGUCGAGGUGGGAUUGUGUACGUUGCGGAUGAAGCGAUCGUCUAUCGUCCAAGGCGGUUUGAUUGCUCGAAACGCGGUGGAUCAUAUACAGCUGAAAUACUGAACGUCCAGAAAACAAGUAAAGGAAAAACAUAUACACCAGAUGUGAGGGGAAAAACAACCGGGGAAUCGUAUGGCUCAACGAGUUUUUCGACUUUUCAGAAUCAUCGGACAAUCAAGCGCAACAUUAUUUGGAUCGAGGUGAUGGAAGGGGAUAUUGCACAAACUUUGGGAUUAGUGACGGUUGGAGAUGUACACAAGAUCUAUGAUGACAUUUGCGACAUAAUCAAUAAACAUCGAGAAAGGCCGAAAAUUGUGCAAUACAACUCAAUCGACAUUGACGGGGUGGAAAUCGAUCCCGUCUAGAAAACAUUGACCGACAUUUGUGGGAAUUAUCAGACGCAUAUAAUAUAAAAUAAAUUGUAAAGCAAAAAUUCCUCAAAAAUUCCUGAAAGCCAUAAUUCCUUCCAAUUUCUCGCCGUAUUUUUUGUGUAUCUCUAUGAACAAAAUGUUUCUUCAAUGUGAAUUCCUUCCCAAUUUGAUAGGGUUUUUUGGUGUUUUUGAUUCAACAUUUUUGCCACAUCUACCACAUUUGAACUCUUCCUCCCUUUGCAUAGUAUAUAUGUUCAGUCAUUUCAUCGUGUUCAAAAAGUGUCCUGCAUUUUCAUAUAUGUACCCUCGAACUUAUCUUCUCAAACAUUGUGUUUCAGCAAAAAAUCGUUUCAACAUUGUAGUGAAGCAAACGCUUACUGGUUUCACCCAAUUUUUAUAGCUACUGAAAAAGAAAGAGAAAAAAAAAUUAAACAAAACAAGUUUUUUUUUUCGUAUUCUUUUGAUAUUGUUUUCAUCCCUUCGUUUUUUAUUAUUUCCAUUUCAACGUACUAACAGAAAAAAAACAUGAAUUGAAAAUAAAGCUGAUUUUGGCA